CAUCCCGUGCACCUCAAAACACGCUUGGACAACUUGGAAACCAACGAAGCGCACAUUGUAUUGUCUUGAUAUGAUGAUGAAUUCCACGUAUCUGCCCCUGUGGUGGGAAGCUGCUGGCCUUACCUUGGCCAUUUACUCUCUAGGCUUGGCCUUCUAUCGCCUCUUCCUGCACCCUCUUGCCCGAUUCCCGGGACCAAAAUUAGCUGCAAUUACGCGCUGGUAUGAAGCCUACUACGAUCUCAUUCUCGACGGACAGUACACCUUCAAGAUUGCAGAGCUGCACAAAACAUACGGACCCAUUAUACGUAUAAGCCCUCAUGAACUUCAUGUCAUUGAUCCUGCUUUCUACGAGAAGCUUUACUGCCAGGAAGGUCGCUGGGACAAGUACCAAUGGGCAUGUAAUGGAUUUCUUGCCGAAGGCGCCACCAUCUGCACAUCUGUGCAUGAACUUCACCAGGCCCGCCGUGCGCCGCUCAACCAUUUCUUUAGCAAGGCCAAAGUGGCAGCUCGACAGGAAAUUAUCAUCCGCCAUGUCGAAAAGCUCUGCAACAGAAUCGAGGGCUUUGUUGGGGGUACGGUGAACCUGGGUGCUGCUUGUAGCGCGCUGAUCCACGAUGCGCACUGCGAAUUCGUCAUCAACAGAGUCAAUGGAAGUCUCGACAAGGAAGAUUUCAACUCUGCGUUGGCGGGCAUGUGCCUUAAUGUUGGGUUUCUCUGGCGCGUCGGCAAACACUUUCAUAAGAUUUCGUUGGCAUUGAAACGCAUUCCUUUGGACUUCGUGGCCAAAUUGUCCAACGAGGAUGUCAGGAUCUUCUUCGACUUUUUGCAGGGAGUGGAUAGAGACACCGAGGCCCUUCUCAAAUCCGCCACUUCCCCCUCGGCCAAGCAAGAUGCUGGCCCGCGUACCGUUGUUCAUGAGAUUGCCGAAUCCAACCUUGACCCGUCCGACAAGGAACUCUCGCGUCUUCUCAACGAAGUUCAGACUGUCGUCGCUGCUGGCCUGGAGACGGUCUCUAGCGUCAUGCGAGUCACGUUCUAUCACGUCUUCAGCAACCCCGAAAUCCUGCGACGCCUGCGAGAGGAGCUCAAAACCGUCGGCACAGACACCUCGCCAGGUGGUAAUAUGCUUGAAUUGAAACAGCUCGAGCGGUUGCCGUACAUGACAGCCAUCAUCAUGGAGGCGUUGCGAUUGAGUCCUGGUAUCGCGACGCGCAUGGGUCGCAUGCUCCACGAUAAAGACCUUGUUUACGAUAAGUGGUGCAUUCCGGCAGGCACCCCAGUGGGCAUGACUACCAUCUUGAUGCACACCGACGAAACACUGUACCCAGAUCCCUUCACGUUCAACCCUGACCGGUGGAUGGAUCUGGAGAAGCGCAAGACGGCUGGAAAGACGUUUGCGCCUUUUUCGAGAGGGUCGAGGAUGUGUGUGGGCUUCCAUCUCGCGUGGGCCGAUCUAUACAUUUCUCUAGCAGCGCUAGCCACGCGCUUCGACUUUGAGUUCCAGAAUACACAAUCUUCAGACUUCAAGGUGUUGAGGGAUGAUUUUGUCGUCGGAACCAAGUGCGGAUCGACGCUCACUUGUCAUGUUUCGCUGCACGAGACUUGAAUCAAGCAGAACUACAUGUAGCUUAAGAGUGUUUGGAUAAGCCGUUUGGCACAUAAUGAUCUGAUUUGACAUGUGCGCGAAACGAAUGGAUGACGAUGAGGUUUCUUUCAGAAUAGUGCGAGACUGCGCCUACCUUGAGCACCGUUGAGACGAUAGUCUCCAAAUGAAUGAAUGAUAAUCAAUAUCUACCUAGGUAGUAUAUGGUACAAAUCUGACAUAUGUGAACCUAUUCUUUAUAUCUUGACACUGCCAAUGAAUAACUUCCAAUUAUUCAAUACACACCUUAGUCGCCUUGCUCACCUUAACAUAACUUUGAUCUAGCUGUUCAAGCAAAUGGCUACCUCGGUACCUCGUUGCUUCACGGAAGUUUUGUUGUCGUUGACCCCGCUUCUACACCGGCCAAUACCCGGUCAGUAUGUGCAUUGUGAACUUCUCGCAACACGACACGUCACAUUACCAAAUGCUAUGAAUGUUAAACCAGUUUUCAGGUUUUGCCCAAAUGUGCAAUUUAUCUUCC